AUGGUCGAAAGUGGUGUCCCCCAGGGUUCAGUUCUGGGACCCAUUUUGUUCCUUAUCUACGUGGACGAUGCCGCAAGAGAUUUGGACUGUGAAGUAGCAAUGUUUGCGGACGACAUAAAGAUAUGGAGUGUAAUUCGUGGUCCUGCCGAUGAAGACAGACUGCAGAUGAACCUGAAUCGGUUGGAGGAGUGGUCAAACCGUUGGCUCCUGCGGUUCAACGUUGCCAAAUGUAGCAUACUUCGCCUAGGCAAUACAGCCAGAUCCGCCAGAACAAGAGGCUACUUUCUGGGCGGUGCAGCCCUACAAGAGGUCGAAGCCCAAAAGGACCCCGGUGUGCUUACGACGAGUUCCCUAAAACCAUCCGCCCACUGUUCGAGGGUGGCAAAAACCGCAAUGUCCGUACUGUACGCCAUCAAGCGUGCGUUUAUGGACUUUGACGAAGAAGCCUUCUCUAAGACAUUCGGAACAUUCGUCCGGCCGCAUUUAGAGUACGGCAUACAAGCUUGGAGGCCGUGGGGUGUUGUGGAUCAAAACUGCCUCGAAAGAGUCAAGAGGAGAGCCACGAAGAUGGUCAGGGGUCAAAGCUCCUUUCCUUAUGCGACCCGCCUAGUAAAUCUGAACCUCUUUCCUUUGAGUUACAGGCAACUUCGCGGAGAUCUCUUGCAAGCCUUCCGCAUUGUAAAGGGGUUGGAUUGCAGUCUGGCCUUCGAGGACUUUUUUGAAUUUGCUACCACGACCAACCUCCGAGGUCACCCGUUAAAACUGCGCACUCAGCAGGCACGGCUGGAUGUGCGGAAGUUCUCCUUCUCGGUUCGGGUGGUCAAACCGUGGAAUGAGCUUCCCGCAGAUGUUGUGAUGUCACCAUCUAUACAAAGUUUUAAGAAGAAUCUGGACAUAUUUAUGUUCCGAAAUGACCAAGAGCGAUGAGAAGUCGAGCUCACCCCCUGUAACUCCUUCUCAUUUUGUCCCACCAUUAUGGGCGUGUUCGAACUAUUUCAGCCCAGAACAUCUAUCUGUACACCACACAUUUUUUACGUUGCAAAUAGGGUACUCAAAGGCUUACGCCUAUUUCCCUCAAUAAACUGAACUGAACUGGUCUACCUGGACGAUGUCGUCGUACACGGGUCUACGGUCGAGUCCCACCUUGAUAACCUAGAAACCGUCUCUAACCGUCCACAGAUCGUAUGCCUUAAACUGAACCCGGCUAAAUGCUGUAUUCUCAAAAAGUCUGUCCCUUUUUUGGGUCACAUCGUCUCAACUGAAGGAAUUAAGACGGAUUUCGAGAAGACUGAGCAAAUACGCCGUUGGUCGCAACCAACGUCAGUUUCCGCUUUGUGCGUUUUUUUCUGUCUGGCCUCCUAUUAUCGCCGGUUCAUUAAGGAUUUUGCACACAUAGCCGCACCCCUUAAUUUUUUCGCUAGCAAACACAACGCUUGAAACUGGUCCGACAAGUGUGAGCGUUCCUUUGAGGAACUUAAACGGCAGUUGAUCUCCCCUCCCUUAUUGGCCUUCCCCAAAAUAUCCGAGUCAGCCCCACCUUUCAUUUUGGACACUGAUGCUUCAGAUGUAGCCAUUGGGGCAGUCCUGUCUCAACAGCAACCCGAUGGACUGGAACAUCCCCUCAUUUUUGCCAGCAAGACGCUGAGCAAGCCUGAGCGUAAUUAAUCUACCACUCGCAAUUAGCUUCUCACCGUCGUAACCUUUGUCAAGAAACUCCAUCACUAUCUCGCUGACAAACGGUUCAUUUUACGCACCGACCACCAGGCGCUGCGCUGGGUGGAAAACUUCAAGGAUCUGACCGGUCAACUCGAUGGCUGGCUGACCUCUUAGAAUAUUCUUACAAUGUCAUCCGUCGGGCCGGUAAAAAGCACCAGAAUGCCGAUGCCUUAUCUCGUCGAGCACAGACGCCACCACCGGACGCCGCAUACGCCCCAGCAACUGCAAUUACGAUUUUCACUCCCAACCACUCAGGUUGGGCGUCGGCUCAAACUUCAGACCCCUAUAUAUCUCUUAUCUAUGAUCGGUUAUGUCAGGGUGCUCCAAAACCGUCAAGCGAAGAAAUGAAGGACUCCAGUUGGGAAGCUCGCUGCAUUUGGUCAUCGUGGAACGGCCUUCGCCUCUGUGACGGCCUGCUCUUUCUUCAAUAUUCUCCCCCCGACCCCCGUCGUCUGGUUUUGCCGCAUGAUGCGAUCCAUCCCACACUUUCCCGUCCUUAUGCUGAUCUGGGACACGCUGGUCAAGCUUGUACCGACACCGACGCACGUCAGCGUUUCUGGUGCCCGAAUCAACGACGGAUCAUUCAGGACAUUUGUAACACGUGCCCUGUAUGUGCCGAAAUCAAAAAUCCCAACCCUACACAACGCGCGCCACUGCAGCCCAUUCAGGCGGGUUACCCGAAUGAAAUUGUCGGUGUCGAUCUGACGGGUCCUAUGCCUCCUUCCCCCCCCCCGCGGAAAUUGUCAUAUUUUAGUUUUAAUGGACUUUUUGACUAAGUGGCGUGAAGCGGUACCGCUUCCAAAAGCCGACGCCAUCAAUGUCGCUAAGGCCAUCUUUAGCGAGUGAAUCUGCCGCCGUGGGGUGCCCGAGCAGCUCCAUUCAGACCAGGGUGCUCAGUUCGAGUUCCGGCUUAUGGGAGAACUCUGCAAACUUCUUCGUAUUCGUAAAUCUCUUUCUACCCCGUGGCACCCUCAAGGCAAUGGGAAAGUAGAGCGCACGAAUCGGACUCUCAGAGGUUUGAUCCAAUAUUUCGUUAACGGUUGCCCUGGUUCCUCUUGGGAUGUCGCUCUCCCACAUUGCCUUCUUGCCUACCGUUCCGCCAAGCACUCGUCAACGGGUCAUACGCCGUUUGCCCUUUUGUACUGCUGCGAAGUCCGUCUUCCCCUGGACACUUUCAGUCCCCUCCCACUUCCGUCCCCCAAGUUUCCCCACGAGUUUUUCCGAAACCUUAGAGCUAACCUAUCUCGUACACAUGAGCUUGCUCGCACCUAUCUAUCCACGGCCCAUCAGCGACAAAAAGAGUACUAUGAUCGCCGUGCGAACCGUGCACUCUACCCACCCGGCGAUAAAGCAUUUUGGUUUAAGGAUAGGUUGCCCACUGGGUCAGCCGACAAGUUCUCCACGCAUUGGAUAGGGCCUUUCGUUGUUGCACAAGUCCCUUCAGAGGCCCAUUUUAUCCUCAGGGCCUCUGAUGAUCCAGAGGGUCCCACCUUUGCGGCUCACUUCAACAAGCUCAAACCAUACCCCUCAGAUGAUAGCUCUUGCGGCCCUGUCUCUUCGAAGUUAUCUUCAGUCCCCUCUGCGGAGCUGCCGAACCUUCCCACGGAUCCCUCUUGA